ACCCCCAUGCACGGCCUCAUAUCGCAUGCUACCGCGCAUCCACCCCGCCCGCUGGUCAUGAUCGUCCUGUCUGCCUCGAGACAAUCUCCCGCCGACUGCCCCCAUGUGUCCCCAGCAUGAUGCGUCCCUGGGCGUGGCAUCCGGCCUAAAGGUCGCUGCCAUGUCCGCUCCGGCGCACAAGGAGAAGCGGCUCGAUGCGGGAAACCGACACCACGACCACUGUGCGUGCUGGCUGUGUGCAAUUGCAAGAGACGCAAGCUGAGCGCUGAACAGAUGCUCGACGACUGCCCAAAUGGCGCAAUGACCUGCGCAAUCGCCUUAUUCCCAUAGUGCGCUGGGAGACACCGUGGCUCGCCUGGAUGCAGGAGAGCAUGCGCUCGCCAGCGCUCGACACGUACUUUGCCUACACGGCCAACCUUGGGACCCAUACCUUCUUCAUGGUCUUCCUGCCAAUUCAGUUUUGGUGCGGCUAUACAGGCCUUGGGCGAGCCACCGUGUUUAUGCUCGCCGCUGGCAUCUACUGGAGCGGCUUCCUCAAGGACAUGCUAUGUCUGCCUCGCCCCCUGUCGCCUCCUCUCGCCCGCAUCUCCAUGUCCGGCUCGGCAGCUCUUGAAUACGGCUUUCCCUCCUCGCACUCGACGAACGCGGUCUCCGUUACCUUCUACGCCAUAUACAUGCUGCGGCAGUCAGACGAGUACAAUCGUACGGUCAACAUUGGUCUGCAGGCCUUCUUCUACCUCUACGCCGUCUCGAUCAUCAUCGGUCGGCUAUAUUGUGGCAUGCAUGGCUUCCUCGAUGUCCUGGUGGGAAGCGUUCUCGGCGCCCUCAUCACCGUCUUCCAGCUGAUCUUCAGCGAGUGGAUAGAUUCGUGGAUCUUCAGCGGUGCUUACCAGGAUGUUGUCGUAGCAACCCUGGUCAUCUUCGUGCUGGUCCGCAUACAUCCUGAGCCUGCUGAUGACUGCCCGUGCUUUGACGACAGUGUAGCGUUCUCUGGCGUAGUGGUUGGUAUCAACCUUGGGGCCUGGCAUUACGCACAAUCAGGGUUCGCGAUCAACGAUGCCUAUCCUUCCACGGUGCCAUUCGAGCUUGCCCAGAUAGGACUGCCCAAGGCUAUCGUCCGUACGUUGCUCGGUGUUGUCAUCAUCUUCCUAUGGAGGUCGACAGCAAAGCCGACGCUGUUUAAGAUACUGCCGCCACUUUUCAGACUCCUCGAGCGAGGUCGGAUGAACUUACCACGCGCUUUCUUCCUCAACGCCUCCUCAUACACUUCCAUUCCCAACAUGCGCGACGAUGACAAUGUCAUCCCACCCGCUUCGCAGCUUCCGCAGAUGCUCAAGAACCUGGCACACCCGCGCAAACGAUCAGUGUCGGUUGGUCCACAGUCAGCCUCCGACGCCUACGAGACGCUUGCCCACCGCAACCGCCGGCGAAGAGAAAGUGUCAACUCAUCAGAUGGCACUGUACUCGAAGACUUAGAAUGGUUCUCGAGUCCGCCGUCUCAAGCGGCAACGCCAGCGCUCGGCCAGGGACAGCGUCUACUAGGUACUGGUCUUUUGCCUACACCAAUGGCCUCACAAGUCCACUCGUAUGAGAAAAUGAUGGGCACCGGCAAUAUACAAAGCUUAGAUGGCAAGAUGGAAACUCCACCAGACAGCGACAUAGAUCUUGCAGGCAACGCGUCGUUGAAGACCGAGGAGGAGAAUGAGAAACGCGAAAUAUUCAUGAAGCUUACAAAGCCGCGUGUGCGGUACGAUGUUGAAGUGGUUACAAAGUUGAUUGUGUAUAGCGGCAUUGGGUGGCUGGCCGUUAGUAUCGACCCCAUCAUAUUCGAGAUAGUUGGCCUUGGUAUGGGCAUUCGACCAUGAUUCUAUCGUCCUUUUUCUUUUUGAUUUGGCUUCGUUGCCACACGAUCACGUUCUUGUAGAUGUUACGACAUACCCAUACGGCUGGCCCUCCACGGGACAUAUGAUCAGAC